CGCCAACCGCGCUCCUCUCCUCGUGGACCACGCUGCUCCAUUAUAUAUCUAUCACCCCGGCGUAAGGUGGAAGUGGAUUCUACGGUACAUAUCGACUCCCUCGGGAGCUUUCAUUCGUAUUUCACCAACUACCUGCGGUUUGCCUUCCAUGUUCAACGGCUUUCAUUCUCCCAUACCUCCAAGCGACGCGGAGCUUGCUACACAAACUUUGAAUGAAGAGUCUAGCUAUCGCUUCCCCUCAUUCUCCGCGAAUGAUGCUGUAACAUUAGGUCUUUCACUGCGGAAACGUUUCCGCGCAUCCACACGACAUGCCAAAGGCAAAGGCCUCGUUAUUUCUAUACAAACUAUUGCAGGACAUACACUUUUUGCAUGCACAGUCGGUGAUCUAGGUGGCAUCUCUGGUGUAGGAGAUGUGAGUCUAGACAGUUGGACAUGUUUGGAUGGAAUGAUAGCUGUUGUACGACGCACGGGUCAUUCAAGCUAUUACGUCGAGAAAGGCAUGGGUGCCAUGGGCAAAACGCCAAAGCAACUGGGCAUACCAGGGGAUUAUCGAAUCAAUGGUGGAGCAUUCCCAGUCUGGCUUGAGAACGCACCAUGUUGUCCGAUUGCAGUUAUAGCAUGCUACUCAGGAUCAAGCGCAGAUGACCACCACCUUGUGGUCAACUCAAUUCGGGACUACCUCAAGAAAAUGGCGAGAGAUAGUAAUCCGCCACCUCCUCCAUCGACAUCAACCGCCGUACCAAUGCCAGCACCCUCCACAGACAGAGAUAGCGCCAUGUGGAUGCGCGAACCGGCAGCCAGCUCGUUGAUGCACGGUCGUGACGACUACAGCCACGAAACCGAACAUGACCGUAGGGAUUAUGACCAGUAAUAGCACAGCAUAGGCAUACGAUACAAUAAUAUUAACCGCAACGCCAGCGUAGUCUAAUUACACCGACUCAUCCUCUGAUGAAGACCGGUUAGGGGCAGACCUGAGGACUCUGAUGUUUUCUGGACAACCGUCAUCUCAAUAAGAAUACAUUGACAUGU